AUCACGUGAAAAUAGUAAAUCGUUUGUUUUUUUAUCGUAAAUAGUUGAAGAAGUUCACACGUAAAUAGUACAUUAGACUUUCAAUUCUAUAAAUUGGAACUUAUCCUUCAUAUUCAUAUUACUUUCAAUCUUCCAAUCUUCCAAUCUACCAACAAUUUUAGGUAAAUACAUUUGAAUAUUAUGGGAGAGUCUAGCCAAAAUUUCAGUCAUUUGAAUUGUUUCUCAUCGGAUUCAACUAAUAGGUAAAUAAAGUAAUGUUUUCUUAUUUCUUAAAAAUUAUUUUUCUUAUAUGUAAUAUAUUUAUAUUAUUAUUUUUAUAGGUAUGAUCAAAUUCAAAAUGCAGUGAGUUAUUGUACACAAAUUGUAAAUAAUAAUGUUAUGGGUGAUGAACGAGUUGGUGAGUUGCACAAUGAUGAACCUUCUGAGCAUGAAUUAACAGAUAGUGAUGAUAUGUAUGACGGCGAUGAUGAUAAUGUGUAUAAUGUACCUAAUGCAUCCGUUGAAGAUCAAAGUAUUAAUUAUCAUUCUACAGCGAUUCCAUACUUAGAUCACACUGACGAAAAUGCAGAAGAUUUUAUGUACACGAGAGAUAACGGUUCCAUUCGAAUGGCACUUUGGAAUUCAAACAAUCCUAAACAUAUCCAGUCAGGUAUGUUAUUUAUGAAUAAGAUGCAAAUGAAAUCUGCAGUAAGAGCAUAUAGUCUUGCUAUUAAAAAAGAAUUUCGUUGUGAUCAAUCCAAAAGUAAAAGUUGGAAAGUUAUUUGCAAGCGUCAUGAGUUAGGGUGUGAUUGGAUGAUUCGGUUUAGAGAGAUUUCAAGCGGUAUGUGGAAGACAGGAAAAAUGAUUGAACCGCAUACUUGUCUUACAGAUAACUAUAAGGAGGAUCAUUUCAAUUUGAAUGAUAACAUGAUUGCAUCUUCAUUAAUACCAUAUGUUAUGCAAAAUCCGGACAUAAAUAUUAAGAUGAUCCGUGAAAUUAUCAAAGGAAAACAUCACUAUACUCCUAGUUACAGAAAAGCACAAAAAGGUCGAAGAAAAGCAUUUCGAAUGGUUUAUGGUGAUUUUGAAAGUUCAUUUAAGGCAUUACCUCGAUACAUGGCUGCACUACAAUUAUUCAAUCCAGGCACUAUUAUUGAGUGGGAGCAUCAUUCUACAACAAUGCAAGGUGAGCAAAUUUUUAAAUUUCUUUUUUGGGCUUUUAAACAGAGCAUUGAUGGUUUCAAAAGUUGUAGGCCGGUCAUUUCUAUCGACGGCACACAUCUUUAUGGUUUGUAUGAUAUCAAAUUGUUAAUUGCGGUUGGAAUUGAUGCGAAUGGAAAUAUUUUUCCACUUGCAUAUGCUUUAGUUGCACGUGAGAGUUUUGAGUCUUGGUCAUGGUUUCUGAAGUUAUUAUGGACACAUGUAGUUUGUGAACGACAAGGAAUUGGUCUUAUUUCUGACCGUCAUCAAGGAAUCUUGCAGUGCGUUCAAUCUUAUGAUUGGUUGAGUCCACCCAACACAUAUCAUAGAUUUUGUGUUCGACACUUAAAAGCAAAUUUUAAUAAAAAAUUUGUAAAUAGUGAACUCGAAAAUCUAAUGUGGUUGGCUGCUACUGAGCAUCAGGAGAAAAAGUUUAUGCAACGGAUGCAACAAAUCAAAACAUUGUCUCCUGCAGCAUAUGAAUGGUUAAAUGAAUUUCCUUUGGAAAAAUGGACGAUGUAUAAGGAUGGUGGUCGUAGAUGGGGUGCCAUGACGACAAAUGUGUCUGAGUCAUAUAAUGGUUUAUUGAAAAAAGCUCGGGGGCUUCCUGUGACUGCCAUGGUUCGAAUGACGUUCAAAGCUCUCGUUGAUCGUUUUGUCGAAAGAAACAAUCUUGCAAUUGCAUUACUUCAAAGUAAUAUGCCAUGGCCUCUUGCGAUAGAUAAAAAAUUUAAUGAUUAUUAUCAAAGAGCUCAAGGGCACACAGAUAUGAUGACUUACAACACAGGUGAUGGAGUUUUUGAAAUUCUUACUUUUGCUCAUGAUGGUAAAGGUGGAAAUGUCCACAAGGUUACUGCAAAAGGUAAGAAAUGUUCUUGUGGAAAAUGGAGAAACUAUCAUAUGCCUUGUUCGCAUGCCAUCAAAUUUUGUGGACUUCGCGGAAUCGAGCCAAAAUCUUAUGUAAGUAAAUUCUACAGUGCAAAAUAUUACAAACGAACAUACAGUGAGACAUUUAAUCCAGUGGGUGAUGAAAUGUAUUGGCCACCAGCUCCUUUUAAUUUAAUUGCAAAUACUGAAUAUUUGCGGACAAGUGGUACGCAAGGAAGAAGCCGACUUAAGAAUGAUAUGGAUAUAGCUCCGGCUCGCAUGACUAGAAAAUGUAGUGUUUGUAAGGAGACAGGUCACACAAAGGCACGAUGUCCUACUCGAUUUUAAAU